AUGGCUGAGUAUGUUAGCAACGAAUACACGUGGAUGUUGGUGAAGGUGAAAUACAAGGCGGAGCAAAAAUACAUUAAAAUCAUGGAUCCCACUCUGCAGACUUUUCUUAACCAAGUGUUUAUCAAAUUCAACAUACAAUCCAAACACCAGGCAGGGCUUAAACUGUAUGAUCAUUCUGGUUCCAAAAUUGACGAUGAUGUGUUUGAAGAUGUGGUGAAGGAUCCAAACUGUGGUGUUUUAAAGCUGACUCCUGCUGAAGAUGAUGAUGACACCAUUAUCCUGUCUCCAAAGCGCACAAGAGAUGAUGAAGCAGAGCAAAUCAUCGAGAACAUCCUACAGAAAAAGCCUGGUGGUGAUAGAAUCAUUAAGGAAUACGGAAGGACAAAGACGCUUACUGACUCUUCUAGACGUCAGAUGGUCAACAUUGUGGUUGCAGAAAUGCUUUAUGGUGUGAACACAACACUAUCAAGAGACAUACGGGAAAUGUAUGCAAAGGGAAUAGUGUCUCUCUUCCCAAACCUGAAGGACCCAUUUUCUGAAAAAGGCUAUAUUGAGCAAGACUUUGUUUCACUUUUUGGUGAGGAGACUUCAGCAAAGCUACUCGAGAAAUGGCCAACCCUGUUUAAAGAGAAAGCCAUUCAACAGAGUAAAUGCCUGUCUUCCAGUGCUGAGCUGCAGGAGCUCAUACAAGCAGCUGAAUCACCCCCUUCAGGGAAUGAAGAUUUAUACGGUAAGUUAUGA